AUGGAGGGAGCGCUGGAUAGCUCGCUGAGUGGCUGGUUGAUUUUCGGGCUCAUGGCGUUGAUCGCCAUUGUAGGGGCUCUACGUCUGUGGCUGCAAGAGCGGCGAGGCUCUCGGGAGAAGGCCUCGUUUUUCAAGCAAGCUGAAGACGUCCUGUCCUUCCCGGAGCCAACCGAAGCGAUCAAUGAGUACGAAGUGGCGCGCGAGGAUGCGUUUGACGACAUGGUGAAGGAAGGUAAGGCGGAUAAGGACGCCGAGGACCUUCCAGAGGGCGCGCUCCCUGAGACCAGUUGGCUGCGCCGGAUCUCUGCUGACCACAAGAAGAAACUGAAGCUGCUUCUUCUGCGCAGGGCGCUCGCGAACGUGCCACGCUGGGCGGGGCUCUCCCAGGAAAUCAACGCCAAGUUCCGGCUGUAUCGCCACGGCCUGCUCAGCGAAGAGACCUGGUCAAGCUUCGCGCGGGCGCAGGACUCGCUGCAGGCAGAACUCGACUACUUGCGCCUGGAGGCAGAGUGCCUCGAGCCGCAGUGGGGUGACCGCGUGCUGAAGGACGCCAUGCUGCUGUACCGGCUGCAGCAGACCAAAGAAGCCCAGCAGAAGGAACAGGAGCAAGAGGCGAAGAAGCGCGCCGCGAUGCAGAAGCAAGAGCUGAUCGUGCAGCAGCAGAAGAAGGACGCCAUGGAGAGGAAGGCGGAGAAACGCGCAGACUCCCUUAUCAAAGAGGAAGAAGGAAAGCAGAAGAAGAAAGCGUCUCGAUAA